CUGAUUUAUAAAAGUCAAGUCCACAUGGAAGAUACACAGUUUGAUCGCGAACUCUGUAACGGACGGAGAUUCAAGUCUUCCAAUCCUCAGCUGGAUAUCUUAGCUCAGGCAUCGACAACCAAGAUGGUCAAGAAAGGGUUGCCAACGACUAUUAUCUGCGUCGUUUUGUUGGUCAUCAUUGGGACGUCAGUGGCCAAUGCUUCCUUCCCAAAUUGCAACCGAGUCUGCACCUUCGAAUACAAUCCCAUUUGUGGCGGCGACGGGAGGACCUACUCGAAUCCCUGCCACUUCGCAAUCGGAAGAUGUCUUAAUCCCUACCUCACCGUACGGUGUAAAGGACGCUGCCGAUACUGUUACAUCGGGUGAAGUCGUUAGCCCCACGCUCUUCGUCAACCUGUUCUUGACCUACAGCAGUCAGCUCUCUACCAGGUUAUAUACAUGUGGAGAACAGAUUGCCAAUAGCAUCGCAAACAACGAAGAGUUUUUCCUGUAAUGCCCAGGUUCAUUUCGUGAAUCCUUAAACUGAACAGG